AUGUCGACUUUCGUAGCUGACAGAAGCCACUAUGAGCCCGACUCGAUGCCGCCGCCACCCGCGACGGCGGCCGGCAGAGACUCUCCCACAGUCUCUGAACGGAUUGAGAGCGCGUCUUCCGGCGAUCAUGUCGUCGAGAAGACUGCGCCAGUAGAGAAGCUCUCAAAGAGGCAGAAGGUCAAGCGCCACUGUGCGCGCUUCUGGCUCUGGUGGCUCAUUGGAACAAUCAUAUUCCUUGCGAUCCUGCUGCCCAUCAUCUUCAAGGUUAUCUUGCCAGCCAUCGUGCAGGAUAUCGUGGGCAAGCAGGAGAUGCCAGUCCUCGGCGGUUCUUUGAUCGCCCUGUCCCCUACACAGAUGAAGAUGACUCUCAAGACAUCGCUGGACACGCCUCUCGCCGCUGACUUGGAUCCCGUCGAUCUGUACCUCUACAACAAGAACACUACGCAGUACACUCCAUUCACCAACCUCACCAUUCCACCACAGCACAUCAACCACUAUACUGAGGUCGACGUUACGGAGCAGACUGUGACAAUCAGCAACCUGGACGAGUUGAUCAAGUUCUUCAACAAUGUUUUUGAUGAGGAAGAGGUUGAGUUGUCAGUUAGAGGUGACACGACUGUCCACCUGGGAGCGCUCAAUGCCCCCGCGCAUAUUGACAAGACCGUCACUGUCAAGGCGCUCAACAAGCUCAAGGGCUUUGCCGUGACGGACUUGAAGCUCCUGGCCCCUCCCGACGAGGAAGGCAACAAUCUCCACACCAUUGUCAACCUUCCCAAUAGUGGAGUCCUUACCUUGGGACUAGGUGACCUUGGUCUCAACCUCUUGUCAGGCACCAUUCCCAUUGGACAUGUCACUUGCAAGAAUGUGCUGCUGGCACCAGGCGACAACGCCGUCGAAUGCAAUGGCAGUCUCUACUACAAGGUCUUGUUUGACUCUCUCCCUGCUAUCAUGGCCAGCCAGGCCUCGGCUCUCAUGAGCGGCAACAUCGAGCUCGGCGCCCAGGGGAACUCGACCACCAUCAACGGCGAGCACAUCCCCUACGUCGAGGAAGUGCUUAAGACCAAGGUCCUGCGCACCAAUGUCCCCAUUGGCCAGCUUCUCGCCGAUGUCAUCACCGGCUUCACGGGCGGUGAUUUCAACAUCGGCGACCUUGUUGGCGACUCGUUCAACGCGACUCUGAUUCAGACCAUGGUCAACCACUGGGACGAGUAUGACGACCAGGGAUCCACGAGCGGGAACACCAACACCACAGAGAACGCGAUGGCCUCUCGGAAACGGGAAGCCGCGCGCAAGAAGAAGGUGGCGACCCGCGACGGCGACAUUGUCAAGCGCAACAUGAUGUGGAGCAUGCUGAAGAUGGGCUUGGCUCUGAGCAAGCGCUGA